CUGUGUUGCAGAUGCCCAUGGCGUUCCCCCAACCCCUGCUCCUCUGCCUGCUAGUCCUGGCAUUUACUGAAGGCCAGGAUCAGGAGACAGCCAUCCCAGGCUGCCACUUGCACCCCUUCAAUGUGACAGUGAGAAGUGACCGCCAAGGCACCUGCCAGGGCUCCCAUGUGGCACAGGCCUGUGUGGGCCACUGUGAGUCCAGUGCCUUCCCUUCCCGGUACUCUGUGCUGGUGGCCAGUGGCUAUAGACACAACAUCACCUCCAUCUCCCAGUGCUGUACCAUCAGCAGCCUGAAGAAGGUGAAGGUGCAGCUGCAGUGUGUGGGGAAACGAAGGGAGGAGCUUGAGAUCUUCACAGCCAGAGCCUGCCAGUGUGACAUGUGUCGCCUCUCACGCUACUAGCCUACCAUCUUCCCUCCUUCCUCCCUGGGACAAAAGUCUCACUAUGUCAUCUU